AUGUCCUCGUCAGAACCCCCAGCACACAUCGUUAUCGUCGGAGGCGGCAUCAUCGGUUGCACAACCGCCUACUAUCUCGUAAACCACCCGUUUGGUGCCGCCACUCCGCCCAAAGUCACUUUGAUCGAGGCAUCGAAGCAUGGUCCAGCCCAGGGCGCAUCCGGGAAAGCGGGCGGUCUAGUCGCAAGAUGGGCGUAUCCGAAGGAACUUGUGAACGUUUCGUAUACGGAACACGAGAGACUGGCGAAAGAACACAAUGGAAAGGAGCGAUGGGGGUGGAGAUAUGUUGGCUGUGGUAGUUGGGAGGGUCGAGCGGGGUUGCUGCCGCGGGGGGAGGGCCCAACUAACACGAAGAGCCUUGAGAAGACGCUGGGAUUGUCUGGUGGGAGCGAGCCGCCCACCCGAGAACACAAAACACGCAAGUUGCCUGAAGACUUGCUCUGGGUGAAUGAGGUACUGACGGAUGCGUACGCGCCGAUGGCGAGGGAUGGUGAAACGGCGCAGGUUCACCCGUACCAAUUCACGAUGAGCAUGUUUGAACUGGCCAAGGAAAAGGGAUUGGGGUAUAUCCACGGAGUAGUGACCAAGGUCCUCAAGUCGGACGGAAAGGUAACAGGUAUCGAAUACCGCGACCCAACCACCAACUCUUCCACCACCCUAUCAGCUACCCACGUCGUAAUCGCAGCAGGUGCAUGGUCCCCGCACAUCGUCGACAACCUCCCCAUUUCUGGCCUUCGAGCCCACAGUGUCACCUUCCGCCCACCAGAACACGUCCAAAUCGCCCCAUACGUCCUCUUCACGGAGAUCACCCUCCCGUCAACCGCAUCGUCACGCCGUCCCAAGGUCGUCUCCCCAGAGAUCUACGCCCGUCCUGACAACGAAGUGUACGCCUGUGGGCCAGGCGAUGACGAACCCCUUCCUGAAACCGUGGACGAGGUCGCAGUGGAUCCAGCAGCCUGCGAUUCCAUCAUCCAGAACGUCACCAGCAUCUCGGAAGAGCUCGCGCAGAGCAGAGUGGAUGCUCGACAGGCGUGCUACCUCCCCGUGGUAAGUGAGGAGGGUGGACCGAUCGUGGGUGAGGCAGAGAAGAUUGCGAAGGGAUUAUAUUUGGCCACUGGACAUACAUGUUGGGGGAUCUGCAAUGCGCCUGGGACUGCACGAGCUCUGGCGGAGUUGAUUCUCGACGGCAAGAUACGAGAUCCCGACGCGCCAAUUAAGAACCGCGUCCGGUUCCAUCGUGCAACUGGCAGGCCCUCCCGAGGGCAAGUUUUCGCGAAGAUUUCAUUCGCUACGGGUAACCGCACAGGGGCAGCUCGAACCGCCUCCGAUCGAACUUCAAUACUGGAAGGAAGCUUGAAACGCUUGCUGCGUCUGAGGCAACUGUGGGCGGGAAGUCGAAGUUCUCGGCCGCCUCGAGGCAAGAUCGUUGAGAAAUUAGCCUCUUUUGUGGGACCACUUCCUGCCUCGAGGCCUGUUGCAAAUCAAGUCAUGCAGAACCCGUUGCCCCUUCUGAAAGGCCAGCGAGGCACCAGAAAAGCUGACCUCCUGUAG